AGAGAAGCGCCCUCAUCUGACUACGCCUUUUCGCCUUCCAAGAACCGCCCAGCGUAUCUUAGACUGAGUGGUGCAGAACAUCAGGAACCUCUAGGCCCCGUCUCGGGUCAUUUACACACAGUGACAGCGAACAGAUUCUCCCGCAAGUAAGGAGGAUCUCAGUAGUGUCUGAAGUGCUGUGAAGUAGCGAGACUGAGGAUUGGCAAAGAAAAGCCCUGUCUCGGGAACCUUUCAAGUAAGGUGCCUUGAUGUCCCAUGUGGUAGCUGAAUGAAUCCCUGCCAGGCUUGACCAUGCAAGAGCACUCCUGCUUCCUGAUAAACUCCCAGUCCACCCGCAGGUGCAAAUCUUUGUCAUAUCCACUCUGUCAAUAACGCCCAGCCAGUCUGAGUCUAGAAUAACUCCUAAAGGACUGUUGACCUUGUUGGCUGAGAAGCCAACAAAACUUCUAAAGGUGUAUCACACAGGAUCUGAGAGUGAUAUAGGAAAACAUCCUCCUGUACUACACACUCCUAGGAACAGAAGCUUCCCUGCAAGGUCAGCCUUGAAGAUGUGGACUGCCAUUGUGUUCUUCCUGCUGAUUUCCUUCUGUAUAUGUGAGGACGGAGUUUCUAUCCUGAAAGAGAGAGGAGCUCGCAUAGUGCGCAUAAACAGGCUGACAACAGAAGAGCAAUGCAGGCAAGCUUGUAAAAGCCCAGCUGCUUCAGGUAAUUGCCACUGCAACUGGUCUGUGCGCUACCAGAACCAAUGUAUCCUCUUGCAGUGUCACCAGCUAAGUGUGUGUCAGGAUGCAAGAGAACAAGACAUCAGAAAUCUGCUUGGAGAAAUUGUCCUUAGGAGAAGGAAAACAGACCUGUUUCACCACCACAGGUAUGCAGAGAAGAUGGUGAAUACAAUGGUUGACCAACACAAUGUAGAAAACCUGCUUUCCUCAACUGCUUGGACUCACAAGAUUCGCUCAAGACGGUUGCUUGAGACUGAAAAUGAUGUUGAAACAACAAACCUAGGAAAUACGACUGCAAUGAAUGCUGCCACCACCACAGUGACUACCAGCACUGCUGCAGCUGCAACCACAAUUGGUACAAAUACGGCUGUCUUCACUGCAGCUCCUGAGACAAGUGUCAAGACUACAAAUGCCUCUGAAGGUUCUGGUAGUGUCCUUACUAAAACCAUAUUUUCCACUGCCUCUUCUCCUAUUUAUGAUAAUGUCACUGCUUCCAUAUUCAAUAAUGUCACCAAGCCUGUGACCACCCCUGAAAAAUCAAGAAAUAGUAGCUCUAGUUCGGUAUCAGAAUCCCCUUCUCAUCCCCUUGAUCUUGCUUCUAAAGUGACUACUCAAAUGCCUCCAAAGAAGCAGUUUAACUCAGCUACCACCACAGCCAGCACUCCCCCCUCUAGUAGUCUCGCCUCUGCUGGAGCUGGCCCAGAGACAUCAAGCACAAACACAGCAGCAACCACCCUUAUCCCUCAGGAUGCCCGAACAUCAUCAUCUGCUGCUGCUCGUACUGCUGUGCUCACUACUUUGGUGAGUUCACAUUCCAGUAAUCCAAUACCCAGCAUUACAUCACUAAAUCCAGAGCCAGAAGGAAGUAUAGCCACAACAUCCAUGAAUAAAUCGACUUCUUUUCUGGGCUCUAUGUCAAGUGCAAUAGUUUCAACAACUACACCUACAACUGAAGCUACAACUGGACAUGAGAUAAAGUCAGUGUCUCACAUUCCCUUGACUAAGCCUAUGACCAUGGCUCCAGCAAAUGCACCUGAAACAACAGCUUCAGGCCUUGCAGGAACUCAGGACACAGAUGAGUAUCUUUUCAUUGCUGCUGAGCCUCUGACUCAGUACUUGGUAGACAAAAGUUUGCUGCUUGCAGUGCUUUUAUUUGGUACGGUGUUUUUCAUAACGGUUAUAGUUCUCUUCCUUAUGCAGGCCUAUGAGAGCUACAAAAAGAAGGAUUACACGCAAGUGGAUUAUCUGAUCAAUGGAAUGUAUGUGGACUCAGAGAUGUGAAAGACUGGGGGGUAAGACCUGGGGCAGAGAGAUGGAAAGGAGAUUGAAAGCCUGCCUGACUUGUUUUUCUUUCCCAUUUGCCUAUAAGACAAAGUGCUUCCAAACUUACUUCUGGUGCAAUUUAGGAGAAAUGCCAUGUACUGUAUUAAGAACAAAAAGUAUAUAUAUAUUUUUUAUUCAACUGUGCAACAGGUUGCAGUAGAAAAGUAGUCAUUUAUAAAACUUUUCCAGAAUGCAAAAUAGCUUUGGCCAUUAUUUUUCACUGCAAAACGACCAUAACAAGAGGUAAGUUGUCAUCCUCUGAGAAUGAUGUGGCGCUUUUUCAACUGUCUACCCUGUAAGUUCCUUGUGUUUUGCUGGUAUCAUGUGUGCUCCUCUCUGUAAAACAGCAUAGAGGGAGCUCUCACCUUUUGUGAAGUGCUUUGAACUCAUCAGAUGUAUGAAGUAUUGCUGCAACAGGAAACUUCUUAUCCAGUGCACACCAUGUUUCAAUAUAUGCUUCCUGCUUGUAAAGAGAUUUGUUUACAAGGUGCUGUAAACACUCUGUUUACUGCUAACCAAGGUGGCUUUUCACCACGGAGUGGAUUAUUGUGCCUCUGCACUCACAUGAUUAUUUUUGUAUUCACUCAAUAAAUGGGGCCCUGGAAGGGCA